GUCCCCUAGCAUUUGACUUUCUCCCUCUGAUACCCUCUCUGCCGUGUGUGUGUGUGUGUGUUUGUCCACCAGUGUUCGACCCUACUGGUCCCUCAUUCCCACUGAGGUCUCACAGCCAAAAGGGCUUCUUUGGAGCUCCGGGUUUCUCGGAGAGUCUGUGCUAGCGUUGCCUCUCUCUUCAUUCUUUCCAUUCUUAACAGCUGCUGAACACGCGCCGCCAUGUCGGACAACGAAGAAAUAACGGAGGAAUACGAAGAGGAAGUCGAAGAAGAGGAGGAAGCCCCUGAAGAGGCCCCAGGCGAGGAGCAAGAGCCGGAAGAGGAGGAGCUACAACAGGAAGGGGAGGAUCCUGAGGUGGAGGAGGAGCUAGAGGAAGAGACCAAUGAGGAACAAGAUGGUGAAGAUGAGGCCGCGGAGGAUGAAGGAGAAGAAGAAGCAAAGCCUAAAUUCAAGCCGUUCAUCAUGCCUAACCUCAUACCACCGAAGAUACCAGACGGAGAGAAGGUGGACUUUGAUGAUAUCCACCGGAAGAGGAUGGAGAAGGAUCUGACAGAGCUGCAGACACUGAUCGAAGUUCACUUUGUGAGCAGGAAGAAGGAAGAGGAGGAUUUUAUAAACCUUAAGGAACGGAUUGACAAGCGGCGUUCUGAGCGAGCGGAGCAGCAUCGGAUCCGCAGCGAGCGGGAGAAGGAGCGUCAGAAGCGCCUUGAGGAUGAGAGGUCUCGCAAAGAGGAAGAAGAGGCCAAGAAGAAGGCGGACGACGAUGCGAAGAAGAAGAAAACCCUGACCAGCCUCCAUUUUGGGGGCUACAUGCAGAAGGUGGCGGAGAAGCGGAGCGGUAAGCGGCAGACGGAGAGGGAGAAGAAGAGGAAGAUUCUAGCCGACAGACACAAGCAUCUGGACGUGGAGAACAAAAGCGAGGCGGCGCUCAAGGAGAAAGCUCAGGAGUUAUGGGACUGGAUGCACCAACUGGAGCAGGACAAGUUUGAAUUUCAAUACCUGUUUGCCAGACAGAAAUACGAGAUCAACGUGCUAAGGAACCGCGUGAGUGAUCACCAGAAAAUCUCUAAGAGAACUAAGAGAGGCCUGAGGAAAUAGGAACCAAAAAGACAGGAUCAUCCAGAAACAGCAGGCCCCACCCCACCAGCACGUCUCUCUUGCUCUCGACUCAACUACCCCCUCCCCCCGCCGACCCCACCCAGACCCCACCCGCCUCCCUGCCCCACCUAGCUCCCUGCUCCAGCCGUCUACCUGCCACUCCCAGUUGGGCAGCUCAGCACAACCAGUCUGAUUGUAUGUUUUGUGAAUCAUGGGAUUCAUGUGUAUGGCUUGCAAACAUGUGAAAUGGAGAAAAUAAACAUUAUGAUUCAACACUGCUUG